AUGCUGAAUGAAAAUGAUACGUUCCAUGAAAACGAUAAAAAGUUGAAAAACCAAGAAAUACAAUCACAUCAGAUGUUAAAUGAACCGAAACCUUCAACACAACACAAAAGUUUACAACCAGAACAGAUAGACAAAACGAGUUCGAAACCAUGGCCCAGUAUUCCAGGAUUAAAGAUACCGAUUGAUGAUAUUGUAUUACCAUUUGACUCACCUUUGUCAAUCAUCGACAAACAGAUAUCUGGCAAUGAAGAAAGAAAAUACAAAUCAUUUUAUCCAACAUCAAAAAUAAAAGGAGUUCAUCAUUUUGGAAAAUUUAGAGAUGCAGUAAAUACCAUUUGGUCUGGAAAUAUGUUUGACAGAGAGCAUGGUGGCAUCUUGGGAAAUUCUAAUUCAUCAUCUAAAUCUGUAUUGAAAUCAGAAAGUGCUCCUAAAGUCGAAACAAAGAUCAACCGCCUAGCAUCAAUAUUGGGUCAGUCGAAUCACAGAAGGAAGAGAGCGACUGGAAACUAUAAUGUGGAAGUGUUUGUUGUAAUUGACUUUCCGAUAUAUAACUUCUGGUUGAGGGAGGAAAAUUCCAAUAGUGACAGAGCAAUGCAUCGAGUUCGAGAAUAUUACACAUUUUUGUUGUUAGGAGUAGAUAACAGAUUUAAGAAAAUGAGUGCAUCUUACAGAUUGGCAGUAAACCUAGUAGGAAUAUAUGUAGCUAAGAUAUCAUCUGAUCUUAGUUUUAUCCAGAACCAUCUUUCAGGUGGCAUUUUAAAUGCUGACACCGCUCUCUCUGCAAUGAAGCAGUGGGUGCAGACAAAUGGAAUCCCUAGGCAUGAUCAUAUAAUGGCUUUUACAAGGAAAUUCAAACUUAAAUAA